AUGAAUCCUGAAUACGAUUAUUUGUUCAAGCUUUUGCUUAUCGGUGAUUCUGGUGUUGGAAAGUCAUGUCUACUCUUGAGGUUCGCUGAUGAUUCAUAUCUGGAGAGUUACAUCAGUACAAUUGGAGUGGACUUUAAAAUCCGCACUGUGGAACAGGAUGGGAAGACCAUUAAACUCCAAAUUUGGGACACAGCUGGGCAAGAGCGUUUUAGGACAAUCACAAGCAGUUACUAUCGUGGUGCUCAUGGAAUCAUUGUUGUUUAUGAUGUCACAGAUCAAGAGAGCUUCAACAAUGUUAAACAAUGGUUGAAUGAAAUUGACCGUUAUGCAAGUGAAAAUGUGAACAAGCUUCUGGUUGGGAACAAGUGCGACCUUACAGCUAACAAAGUUGUCUCCUACGAGACAGCAAAGGCAUUUGCAGACGAAAUUGGGAUCCCUUUCAUGGAGACAAGUGCAAAAAAUGCCACCAAUGUCGAGCAGGCUUUCAUGGCUAUGGCUGCAGAGAUCAAGAACAGACUCUUGGCCUCUUAUGUUUUGGUUCUUAUCUAUCAGGAUGGCAAGCCAGCCGGCCAUGAACAACACAAGGCCCCCGACAGUGCAGAUUCGAGGACAGCCUGUCAACCAGAAAUCUGGCUGCUGCUCGUCUUAGAAGAGUCAGUGGGAAGUGGGCUUGUGAUGUUAACCAUGUUGGCAUGUAAAACUAGUCGUCUAUUCUCAAUGCUUUCAUAUGAAGGUUAUUUGUUAUGA